GACACUUACUGCUUAAGAAGCAUGGAGUAAAUGACAUUUUAAAGAAAUAAACGAACUCAAACAUUUGAACAGAAGCAAUGAGACCUGUAAUAGAACUCGUCUACGUCGCGUUAAUAACACUGGCGUGUAGUGCUGCAUCGGAGAGGACUGUUUGCCAGGGAACAAGUAACAGACUAACACUGCUGGGGAAACCAGACGACCACUACAGAAACCUGGUGAGAAUGUACUCCAACUGUACCGUAGUGCUGGAGAAUUUGGAGAUCACCUACAUACAGGAAUAUCACGACCUCUCUUUUCUCGAGAGCAUUGAGGAGGUUGGAGGCUAUGUUCUCCUUGCUCUUAGCUACGCGGAGAGGAUGCCUCUGGAGAAACUACGACUCAUCCGUGGCCAUUCGCUCUUUGAUAAUAAAUAUGGCCUGGCCAUCAUGUCAAACUACAACAGGAACUACUCGUCCACCAGCCUGAACAUCACCCAUGGGCUCAGAGAACUCCCCCUCCGGAGCUUAACAGAAAUCCUUAAGGGAGGUGUGAAAAUUACCCAUAACCCCUGGCUGUGUAACGUGGAGAGCAUCCAGUGGCUGGACAUCGUGAGUAAGGAGUUCAGUGAAAUGGUGACUAUCUCAGCUGGCACGGACCCUCAAUGUAAGAAAUGUGACUCUGCAUGUUUGAAUGGAUCCUGCUGGACGGCUGCACCAGAGGACUGCCAGACCUUGACAAAGUUGACCUGUGCAGAGCAGUGCUCACGCAGGUGCAAAGGCCCAAAGCCGAUAGACUGCUGCAAUGAGCACUGUGCCGCGGGCUGCACAGGACCCCGUCCUACAGACUGUCUCGCCUGCAGGGACUUCCAGGAUGAGGGAACGUGUAAAGACGCAUGUCCUCGCCUUAUGCUCUAUGAUCCCAACACUCACCAGCUCGUCGCUAAUCCUAACGGAAAAUACAACUUUGGGGCUACUUGUGUGAAGUCAUGUCCUCAUAACUACGUGGUCACUGAUCAUGGGGCUUGUGUUCGAACCUGCGGUGGCAACACUCACGAAGUUGAGGAGAACGGAAUUAGGAGGUGCAAGAAGUGUGAAGGACUCUGUCCGAAAGUUUGUAAUGGACUUGGUGUGGGCCAGCUCACAGGCGUGAUUGCAAUUAACGCUACUAACAUUGACUCCUUCGAAAACUGCACUAAAAUAAACGGCCAUGUAUCUAUAAUUCAGACGUCCUUGCUUGGAGACAAAUUCACAAAAACACCAAAGAUGGACCCCUACAAACUGGACAACUUCAAGUCAGUCAAAGAAAUAACCGGAUUUCUGUUGAUCCAAGCUUGGCCAGAACACCUCAACUCCCUGAGUCCAUUCCAAAACCUGGAGAUCAUUCGCGGGAGAACCAAACAACAAGGUUCCGUCAGUUUCGCUGCCCUAAACAUUCCCCACCUGGAGUAUCUGGGCCUUCGCUCCUUAAAAGAGAUCAGUGAUGGAGACGUGGUCAUUAAAAACAAUAGAAGACUCUGCUACACUGAUGGGGAUUAUUGGAAGAGGCUGUUCCGACUGAAAAGGCAGCGAAUCCUUAUGAAUAACAAUGCAGCCCUCAGCAGCUGUGAGCUGCAUAACAGUACCUGUGAUGAGAUGUGUUCAGGAGACGGCUGCUGGGGCCCUGGUCCCACCAUGUGUUACUCAUGUCAGCACGUCAGUCGCAAGGGCCGCUGUGUAGCCGCAUGCAACCUGCUGUUUGGAUUUCCCCAGGAAUACAUUCGGAAUCAGACAUGUAUGGAAUGUGACCAUGAAUGCAAGUUCCUGAAUGGAACCCAAAGCUGCCAUGGACCAGGCCCUGAUAAAUGCACAGAGUGUACCCACUACAAAGAUGGUCCGCAUUGUGUCCGCUGGUGCCCUCAAGGUGUGCAGGGAGAGAAUAACAGAAUCAUCUGGAAAUAUGCAGAUAAGAACGGGGAGUGCCAGCCGUGCCAUGCCAACUGUACCCAAGGGUGCACUGGAUCAGGACUAGAGGGCUGUGAGCCUAAAAGAACUCACAGCCCCAUGAUGGCAGCAGGUGUGGUUGGAGGCCUGGGGCUGGCGGUCAUCCUCUUUUUUGUCAUUUUAUUGCUGCUACGUCGACGCCACAUCCGGAGGAAGAGGACGCUGCGAAGACUGCUGCAGGAGAGAGAGUUAGUGGAACCUUUGACUCCAAGUGGAGAGGCACCAAAUCAGGCUUUACUACGCAUCCUUAAGGAAACAGAAUUUAAGAAAAUCAAAGUCUUGGGGUCUGGAGCCUUUGGCACAGUCUUUAAGGGUUUAUGGAUUCCUGAGGGAGAGGACGUGAAGAUCCCUGUUGCAAUUAAAGUGCUGAGAGAGGUUACUUCCCCUAAAGCUAACAAAGAGAUUCUGGAUGAAGCAUAUGUUAUGGCCAGUGUGGACCAUCCUCAUGUCUGUCGCCUGUUGGGGAUCUGUCUGACUUCCAGUAUCCAGCUCAUCACCCAGAUCAUGCCCUAUGGCUGCCUGCUUGACUAUGUCAGAGAAAACAAAGACAAUAUUGGCUCCCAAAGCCUGCUCAACUGGUGUGUUCAGAUUGCCAAGGGCAUGAACUAUUUAGAGGAGCGUCACCUCGUGCACCGUGACUUGGCUGCGCGGAACGUUCUGGUGAAGACACCCAACCACGUGAAGAUUGCUGACUUUGGCUUGGCCAAACUUCUCAGCGCAGAUGAAAAGGAGUACCACGCAGAUGGCGGAAAGGUGCCGAUCAAGUGGAUGGCCCUGGAGUCUAUCAUUCAGCAGACUUACACCCAUCAGAGUGACGUGUGGAGCUAUGGUGUGACCGUGUGGGAGCUGAUGACGUUUGGAUCCAAACCAUACGAUGGAAUCCCUGCCAGUGAGAUAGCUGAUGUUCUGGAGAAAGGAGAGCGCUUACCUCAGCCAUCCAUCUGCACAAUAGAUGUUUAUAUGAUCAUGGUUAAAUGCUGGAUGAUCGAUGCAGACAGCAGGCCACGCUUCCGUGAGCUCAUCUCUGAGUUCUCUAAGAUGGCCCGUGAUCCAUCUCGUUAUCUAGUCAUUCAGGGAGAUGAGCAGAUGUACGUUCCCAGUCCCACAGACCCCAAGUUCUAUCGCACUCUCAUUACUACAGAUGACCUGGAGGAUGUAGUGGAUGCAGAGGAAUAUUUACUGCCUGACAAAAACCUCUUCAGUGCCACAAACACGCCGCACUAUCACAACUCCAUAGUGAGUACACAUGGGAACAGUCUACUCCUGCGUUACAUCACAGACCCCACAAACAGUUUUUUCGAUAAAGACCAUCUGCCAGAGUACGUAAACCAAAACAUGACCACUCUGUGUGACAUCAUGAACCCAAACUACGAGGACUCUGGCCUGGGGGACGCUGAUGACAUGUAUGUGGACACCACUAACAGAAGGCAGGAGGGACCAGAGUACCUGAACACAGCAAACAGUACCUUACCACACUCAUACUGUGCCAGCCUAGACAACCCUGACUACCAGCAGGACUUCCCAUCAGCAGGAACCCACGACAGUGUCUUCCUUCCGGCGGCAGAAAACCUGGAGUACCUUGGGUUGAGUUCACCAGUCCAGGCCCCGGUACGUUAAAAAAAAAAGUCCAAUUUACUUGCAAGAACAGGAGGAGUACGAGGUGCUUUGGAGGACUAAAGUUGAAGAGCUUCUAGAAUUUUAUA